GUACAGUGUGGUAAAAUAAUAAGUUUGAUCUUAACCUGUUCAUUUAAAUCAAAGGGGAAAAAUUCUGUCUGCUUUUUAAUUAGAAACCAAUCAAGUAUUUUGUCUUCUUACUUAAUAAAAAAUCAGCCCAAACAAUUCAUUGCUAUCCUUAAAAGUUUUAAUUAAUUUCUAUGGUCACUUUAUGAAACUCGAUAAUUAAGGAUUAUGAUAAUUAAAACUGAUUCUGAUUUAGAGGAUCAUCUGAAAAUUAUUUCAGUAUUCUUAGGCUUGGGAUGGAAACCUCAAUAGUGAGUUUUUUCCUUUUCCUUUAAAGAAAAGAAUUGGAGAAAUAUGAAACCUAUGGAAAAAACAACCAAAACAAACAAAAAAACACCCACAAAACCACAACAGUCAGUGUCCAAAUACUUGUAAGUUAUACUGAAACUGAAGCAUUCUAUUCCUGAGGGCCAGAUUUCCACAGUAUUUAAUUUAUUGGGUAAUAACUGAUACUUCAGCUGGCUCCAUAUUGUUUAAGUAGCAUAUAAUACAUAUUAGUGUAUCUAUACCUGUUAGACAUUUUUCCUCUCCAAGUCUGCCUCUGAUGUUUGUAAAUCAUAAAGAAUAACAUCCACUAUUGUAACAGAGAAAGUGUUAAACUAGCCCUUUUUCUGGGAUUUCUAGGCAUUAACUAGCAUUAACAGCUUCCUUUUACAGACGGAUUAUUUGUAAAAAUAUCAAAAUCUUUCUAUCCACUUCUAAUGCACCACACAAAAAACAAAGCAAAACAACACAAAAAAACCCCAACAACAAAAAGCAUAGCCCUAGAAAGUUCCAAACACUUUUCAACAGUAAAUAUAUUCCUCUGAAGGUCUCCUCCUUUGCCCAAACAAGAAAAUAUGUUGAAAUACCGUAUCCUUAAUAGUUAAAGAUAUGGUUAAGAGAGCCGAAUCUUUAUCCAUAUUCAAAGCUUAGCCAUGAAAUUGUGUUACUUCCUUGUCUUUGAAACCAAUUUACUACAAAAAUACUCAAGCUGCUCACUCAGUUUCUGUCCUAAUCUGAAGAAAACCCCCCAAAGAGUAAGCCUGCAUUACGGGGGAGACUUUUUAUCUACGUGUUUUAUUUUAAUUUAGAAGGAAAAACAAAAGUUUGCCGUUCCCGGGGUCUUUCUGGCUUCACAACGCGGGGUUUAAAACAGCUUUUCUCUCCCAUCUGCUGCCCAAACAGCAAGAAACUUGCCCGAAUGAAAGUCCACCGUCUUCUCUUCACUCCCCGAAGAAAAUGGGGUGAUUUUGCGGCACCGGUUUUACGAAAAAUAUGAAUUUAUAACUCCGAAGAAACACAGACUCGGAGGAGGAAAAGCUCUUCCUGGCUAACAGUUAGGCGGGCUCUGCAAAGCACCAAUCACAGAUCACCGCUUCGCUAUAAAUUCAGGCAUCGGGGUUACUGUAGCCCAAUUACUUUCUUUUGAUUAGGAAGAAGUCUCUGCAGCGAUGUCGGAGACCGCUCCCGCCGCCGCUCCCGCCGUCGCGGCCCCCGCCGCCAAGGCCGCCGCCAAGAAGCCGAAGAAGGCGGCGAGCGGCUCCAAAGCCCGCAAGCCCGCGGGGCCCAGCGUCACCGAGCUGAUCACCAAGGCCGUGUCCGCCUCCAAGGAGCGCAAGGGGCUCUCGCUCGCCGCGCUCAAGAAGGCGCUGGCCGCCGGCGGCUACGAUGUGGAGAAGAACAACAGCCGCAUCAAGCUGGGGCUCAAGAGCCUCGUCAGCAAGGGCACCCUGGUGCAGACCAAGGGCACCGGCGCCUCCGGCUCUUUCCGCCUCAGCAAGAAACCCGGAGAAGUGAAGGAAAAAGCCCCCAAAAAGAGAGCAGCUGCAGCCAAGCCCAAGAAGCCGGCGGCGAAGAAGCCCGCCAGCGCUGCUAAGAAGCCCAAGAAAGCAGCGGCCGUGAAGAAGAGCCCUAAGAAGGCGAAGAAGCCGGCGGCCGCCGCAGCUAAGAAGGCAGCCAAGAGCCCCAAGAAGGCGACAAAGGCCGCCAAGCCCAAAAAAGCGGCGGCAGCAGCCAAGAGCCCGGCUAAGGCGAAGGCGGUGAAGCCCAAAGCGGCCAAACCCAAGGCGGCCAAGCCGAAAGCAGCCAAGGCAAAGAAGGCAGCGCCGAAGAAAUGAAGUGUUGAAGUGGAAAUACUUUUAAACCCAACGGCUCUUUUAAGAGCCACCCACUAUUGUCCCCAAAAGGGCUGAAACACUCCGUCACUGAGCUCCGUGCCUGCAGCAGAGCCAAAUAUUCGCCACUAACCGUGUGGGACGUUCGUCUGUGGAGUGGAUGGGACGCUAAACUUCCGGCCCUGGUUUUACACUAAGACUUGGAAAAAUAAAAGUUUACAUUCCCGGCGAAAA